CAUCCUUAUUAUUUAUUUUUUUAACAAUAAUGGAAAAUACAUCGUAGGAGGCCGUAGGUUUCCGAAGAGUCAAAAAUAUUGAAAAUCAAAUCAAAUCAAACACAACAAAGAAGAACACAUGUACUAUUAAAUUUAAUUAAUCAAUAAUAUUAAAUUUGCCGGCACUGACCUUAUGCAAUCGAUGACCUGUUCAAAGUGUAUACUAUACCGAUAUAUACAAAGUGCAUCACAUUUGUCAUCAACAACAUUCAUUUUUACAUUCCCAAAUCCAAACGCAUGCACGAACAAUUUUAUUCUUCAAUCUAACCCUAAAUAAAUUCUUUAUAUUAAUUCAUUCAUUCAUUCUCUCAAACUAAAUUAUGAUUUGGAUUUGGGUUACCUCAAUGACUAUCUCUUCAAUUUUCUUCAUCUUUCUUUUCUCUUUCUUAAUCCUUCGUUUCUUUCGUAAAACUUCUGCACUACACAUCUUAAAACAUUGGUGGCUUUCGUUUGAAAAUCUCUUCCAUCUUCAUCAAUCGUUCAAAAUUCCUCUCUAUGAUCAUAAUUUCCGAGAAAAUCAACUUUACCGGAAAAUUCUAACCUACCUCGAUUCACUUCCUUCCGUUCAAGACUCUGAUUUCACAAACCUAUUUUCCGGUCCGAAUCCUUCUGAUAUUUUCAUUCAUCUUGAUGCUAAUCAAAUCGUUCAUGAUGCUUUCUUAGGUGCUAAGCUUUCUUGGAAGAAUAAUACUGUCGCUGGCGACUCUGCUUCAGCGCUAGUGCUUAGAAUGAAGAAGAAAGAUAAGCGUAGGGUUUUCCAACAGUAUUUUCAGCACAUUUUAUCAGUAGCGGAUGAAAUUGAACAGCGGAGGAAGAAGGAUAUAAAAUUGUUCAUGAAUUCUGGCUCCGGCGAGACGUAUAGAUGGCGAUCGGUUCCGUUUACUCAUCCGGCGAGCUUUGAAACGGUUGCGAUGGAUGUAGAACUGAAAAACAAGGUGAAAACAGAUCUGGAUCAGUUUCUGAAAUCAAAGCAAUACUAUAACCGAUUAGGUCGUGUUUGGAAGAGAAGUUACCUUCUCUACGGUGCUUCCGGUACCGGAAAAUCAAGCUUUGUAGCAGCGAUGGCGAAGUUUCUUUGCUAUGACGUGUACGAUAUCGACGUUUCGAAAAUAACGGACGGUUCAGAUUGGAAAACAUUAUUGAUGCAAACGACGCCAAAGUCAAUGAUCUUAAUCGAAGAUCUCGAUCGUUUAUUAGCAGGAAAAUCAACGGCUGUAAACUUAUCAAGUGUGUUGAAUUUCAUGGAUGGAAUCAUGUCUUGUUGUGGUGAAGAACGCGUGAUGGUUUUCACGAUGAAUGGUACUAAAGAUGAAGUUGAUCAAGCGGUGUUAAGACCUGGAAGAGUUGAUGUUCACAUACACUUUCCCUUAUGUGAUUUCUCCACUUUUAAGAUUCUUGCGAAUAGUUAUCUAGGGUUAAAGGAACACAAGCUUUUUCCACAGGUUGAAGAGGUUUUUCAGACCGGUGCACGGCUCAGUCCGGCUGAGGUUGGUGAAAUUAUGAUAUCGAACCGGAAUUCACCGAGCCGGGCUUUGAAAACCGUUAUAACCGCUAUGCAGGUUCAAUCUAAUGGUCAGGGUCAGAGAUUGAGUCAUAGUGGAUCGGGUCGGGGCUCCGAAGAGGUUAAUGAUGCGAAUGCUGUGAUAUGUAGAGAGAGUGUUCAUACGGUGAGGGAAUUUCGGAAACUGUAUGGGCUUUUGCGGUUGGGAAGUAGGAGGAAGGAGAAAGAUGAGUCGGUUCAUUCGGGUCCGAUUGAAGCUCCACGAAUUGAAAGUCGGGUCGGGUAAAUGGAUCUGAUUGGAAUAUUUUAUUUUUUAAAAGAAAAAUGUAAAGUUGUUUCCAGUUAUUUGCUAGCUGCUACUGACAAUUAUUGCAGAAUUUUUUUUUUGUUGAUAAUUUACGAUUACAUUGUUGUAUGUAGUACUACACAGAAAAAAUAAUGAGUAGGUUGUUGUUAGGUAGAUUGAACUAGAAUUCAUAUUGUUUGUUUGA